UAAACAUCGUUUCUCAAAAUAAAAGCGAAAUGUUGAUGGCUAUAGGGGUUCAUACAUGCAGCCAUAAGCCUUUAAGCAAACCAGGUGUUGUACGUAAGCAUGAGGUAGACAAAACUUGGCAGGUUGAUUUUUUAAAGAAGAUUCUCUGAUGUCUGCUUGAACGUUUUCUUCUGUGGCUCUUAAGCAGGCACGUAUUCUUUGCAUGCUUUUACUGUUGCGAGGUUUCCAUCCAUACCGGGUUCUUUCUUUUAAUUUCCUUUCUUGUAAAAGAAUUAUGCCUCGAAGACAAACUACAAAAAGAACAAGAGUUCAGAGCUAUGAAUCAAUCAGUAUUCCUUCAUCUAACGCUCAUAUACAGGAUGAAGUCAUAAAAGCAAAAACUAGCAGACACCGCUACCAAGCAGUUCACAAUGGUCCCUCGAAUAAUCACACUUCUUCUCCGGCUGAGGAAAUUGCUCCGACAAUCGAGCCAGCUGCCCCCAGAUUAAGGCGAUCAAGAAGAGAUAGAAAGCCCGUUGACUAUCGGACAGAAUCGGAUAACGAAACGGAAGACGAUGAUCCUCUACUCUCAAGAAUAGAGACAAAAGCUUAUCCCAACGAAGGCUCCGAAGCUUCAGUGACAACUGAAUCAGACUCGUCAGCAUAUGAGCUAGAUGGCCCUGAAACGCUACUUUCUAAAGAUGUAAUCAAACGGAAAAGGAGUACUUCAUCAACGAGAAAAGUUUCUAAAAAGAAUUUGCUUGAAGAUUCGGAAUUAUCUGAAGAACCUCAGGCUUCCAGACCCAUUUUUGAUUGUCCCGACAAACCACUUCCUUGGAAAGGGCGCCUUGGUUAUGCAUGUCAAAACACGGUUUUGAGAUUUUCCAGAGAAAUUGCAUUUUGCUCGCGAACCUGUCGAAUCGCUACAAUUCAGAAAGAAUCUCUGCAAUUCGCGAAGGAUUUGGGUAUAAAGAAUACGCAAGACUUAGCUACCCUUGUAGAAUGGAAUCACAGAUUUGGUAUUCAUUUUAUGCGAGUAAGUUCUGACCUUUUUCCAUUCGCGAGUCAUGGUACCUAUGGGUAUUCUUUGGAAUUUGCUGAUUCUUAUUUGCAAGCUGUAGGAGAACUUGCCAAUCGAUAUAAUCACCGUUUAUCGACACAUCCUGGACAAUAUACUCAAAUAGCUUCACCCAAGGAGUCCGUUGUUACAAAUGCUAUACGAGACCUUCGUUAUCACGAAGAACUUCUUUCCAGAAUGAAGUUAAACGAACAGCUGAAUCGUGACGCAGUCAUAAUAUUGCACCUAGGCGGAUCAUUCGAAGGAAAGGAAGAGACGCUUAAUAGGUUUCGUGAUAAUUAUGUACGCCUUCCUGAAGCUGUAAAAAUGCGUUUAGUUUUGGAAAACGACGACGUCACCUGGUCUGUACAAGAUCUACUUCCUCUUUGUCAGGAGUUGAGUAUUCCUUUGGUUUUAGAUUGGCACCACCAUAAUGUUGUUCCAGGUACUUUACGAGAAGGCUCUUUGGAUUUGAUGCCUCUCUUACCAGCGAUUCGGGAAACUUGGACUAGGAAAGGGAUAACACAAAAACAGCACUAUUCAGAAUCAGCUUAUCCUUUUGCUAUUUCUGCUAUGAAACGUAGAGGACACUCUGAUCGUGUAUAUAGCUUGCCUCCAUGUGAACCAGACAUGGAUUUAAUGAUUGAAGCUAAGGAAAAAGAACAGGCAAUAUUUGAGCUGUCUAGGAUCUUCAAUUUAACCAAUCCUUCAUGCCCAAAGGAAAUUGAAGGGCCGGAUUUUGAUGUAUUUAACGAAGGGUAUUAUCCUCCUGGUGCACACCGGCGGUUAAUAGCCCGUAAACAAAGGAAGAAGAAAUCCAAAAAUAACAAGGAAGAAGUUAAAGAUGAUGAGGAAACGAAUACUAAAGAUGAAUUGGUGACUUGAUGAUGGUUAGAAGAAGUGAUUAUUUAUCGUAUUUAUUAAGGUUUCAUAAAUGAUAUUGUUAUACCACA